AUGCCAGACCUACCUUCAGCCUUCCUGCCCCUCCUCCUUCUUUCCAAGUUAGUUGCCCCCGUGACCUUUCGUCACCACCGCUACGAUGACCUCGUGCGGACGCUGUACAGGGUGCACAACCAAUGCCCGGACAUCACGCGGCUCUACAACAUCGGGCGCAGCGUGAAGGGGAGGUACCUCUACGUGCUGGAGUUCAGCGACCACCCGGGGAUCCAUGAGCCCUUGGAACCGGAAGUCAAGUACGUGGGGAACAUGCACGGGAAUGAGGUGCUGGGCCGUGAGCUGCUACUGCAGCUGUCGGAGUUCCUCUGUGAGGAGUUCAGGAACCGGAACCCGCGAAUCCUGCGCCUCAUCCAGGACACACGCAUUCAUAUCCUGCCUUCCAUGAACCCCGACGGCUAUGAGGUGGCUGCCGCGCAGGGCCCAAGUACAUCUGGGUAUCUGGUUGGUAGGAACAAUGCAAAUGGAGUGGACCUGAAUCGCAACUUCCCUGACCUCAACACCUAUUUCUACUACAACGAGAAGUAUGGCGGCCCCAACCACCACUUACCCCUCCCAGACAACUGGAAAAGUCAGGUGGAACCCGAGACCCGGGCGGUGAUCCAGUGGAUUCGUUCCCUAAAUUUUGUUCUCUCAGCGAAUCUGCAUGGCGGGGCUGUGGUGGCCAAUUACCCAUACGACAAGUCACUUGAUCAUCGUUUCCGAGGUCCCCACCGUACCUCCAAUUCCCCCACGCCAGAUGACCAGCUCUUCCAGACGCUGGCCAAGGUCUACUCCUAUGCCCAUGGCUGGAUGCACCAAGGCUGGAACUGUGGCGAUUACUUCCCAGACGGCAUCACCAACGGGGCGUCCUGGUACUCUCUCAGCAAGGGAAUGCAAGACUUCAAUUAUCUCCACACCAACUGCUUUGAGAUCACUCUAGAGCUGAGCUGCAACAAGUUCCCCCGGCAGGAGGAGCUGCCACGGGAGUGGCUGGGUAACCGGGAAGCCUUAAUCCAGUUCUUGGAACAGGUCCACCAGGGCAUCAAGGGCAUGGUGCUCGAUGAGAACUCUAACAACCUCACAGGGGCUGUCAUUUCUGUCACUGGGAUCAAUCAUGAUGUCACUUCAGGUGAGCAUGGAGAUUACUUCCGUCUGCUGCUUCCGGGGACUUAUACUGUCACCGCCAAGGCACCAGGGUACGACCCCCAAACAGUGACUGUGACCGUGGGGCCUGCGGGACCAACACUGGUCAACUUCCAACUCAAUCGAAGCACAUCUCAGGUGCACCCUGUUCAGAAAGCUCCCGGCCGAGGACAGGGAAGCAGGCCAAAGCAGUCCCGGAUACCCAAAAAGAAAGACACAGCAACAAAGAGGCAUCGAGGCCCUGCCUGA